CUGAAUUAAUCAUGCAUUUUCAUGAAUUAUUCAUGAAUAACUCAUGGAAAUGCAAGGUUUAUUCAUGCUCCAAAAAACCCAAGGCUUUUUCUCUUCUCUUCUCUUCUGCUCUCUCUCCCUGUAAGAAACAGACCUGAAAGAAGCUAAGGAAAAAAAACCAAAAUAUGUUUAUGGAAAAAUAACAGGAACAAUAAUGCUGAAACAAAACAACCAGGAGAAAAAGCAAAAGCUCUCUUUUUCUUUGCAGUGGGGACAGCAGGUGGGAGCUUUCCAAGCCAGACAAAGGAGACCUGACAAGGAACUGUGGUGAAGGGACAAGCCCAAGGCAAAGAAGUGUCCGGCCACCACCUCUCCUGGGAACAGGCAGCUGAGACCUGGAGAGACAGGAGACAUCUUGCAAGACUCAACACCUGGAGCAGUGCUAACCAGGUGGGCAGCCCUGAUGUCAGCCAAGCUCUACGUCCUCAUCAGCUGGCCCGACGGCAGCCGGGUGAUCAACAUGGAGAACAUCAAGGAGCCCCGCAAGCCCUUCCACCUCUACACGGUGGGUGAGCAGGUGCUGGCCCGCUGCCCCGGCUUCAGCGGGCUCUACUGGGGCAUGGUGGAAGGCAUAAGUGAGCACAAGGAUAUUUUAGAGAAGAAGCUGCUGGAAGACAGACAGCUCCUGGAGAAGUUAACAGAACCAGCUGUCCACAGCAUGGUGCCGUCCCCACCCAAAAAAUCCAGGAAAACCUUCCCCAAAUGGACCCCGGGGAAUGCAUCCAGGAAAUUCCACAGUGACAGGGCCUGCCCUGCCAAGCAGCUGCUGAGGACAGGCGAGGACAGGCUGCCCCAUGAUGUUGGCAGCUCCUCCAUCAUCAAGGAGAGACGUGUCCUGGGCAAUGCAGCAGGAAGCCCCUGCGCUCUGGCAGGUCCUCCCCACCCAGCCAGUGCCUUCACACCUCCAUCCACCUUCAUCACCAUGGCCAUGCCCGGGCCAGGGACUUCCCAGGGUGAAGAAGAGCGGGCAGGUCCAGCUACCAGAGAUUAUGUUGCCUUGCCAGUGAAGAGGAAGUCAGAUGGCAUCUUGUCCCAGUGCCAGCAACACAUCUGUCUGAACAGCCUUGAAGAGCAAAAGAUUGACACUUUGCACGAGAUGGAUGACUUCGAGAGGGUUCAAAAAAAUUUCGGUCCUGGUGAGAUGGAAAGGGUGGAGAAGAUAGAGCAGCUGGAGAGGAUGGUGUUGGACCUCCAACAGGAUGUGCUCUCUCUAAGGAAGAAGGUGCAGAGGCUGGAAUCCCUGUCCUUCCAGGAGGAGCCCCACCGGCAGCCGUGCGAGGUGGUGGAGCUCUUCAACGGCUACACCAAGGAACAGCUCAAAGAAACCAUCAGGUUUGACCAGAAAAUCAGCACAGCCUGCAAGACACUGCUCUACAAGCUCUUCACCUCUGACUACAUCCAGAGCCACUCCAUCACGGGGCGGAGGGGCAACACCUUCCGGGAGGCGAAGCCCAUGAUGGACGAGCGCUGCAUCAAAAUCAUCAGGGUGCUGUUGAAGCAGAAGUUUGGAGAUCACCUCAGUGACACCGUGAUCACAGAGAAGAUACAAAACGUGCAGAAAGCCCUGAGGCAGAAGUUUAAGACAGAAUGUCUCUGAGGCAUGGGGUAGGGGGGGUACUUGGUGUCUCCUCCUGCCAUCCUCGUGUGUACACCUGAGCAGCCUUCCCAGGAAAAGAUGAGUCCAAUCUGCUGCUGUUCAGCUGAUUUCCCCCAAGGAGCCAGUCCAAGGGAACCGUGUGCUGAACACAGCUCAAACCUUUCACUGCCAAACCUCUGCCCACGUUAACUGAGCAGGAAUUCUGCCCAGCUCAGCUGGGUUUUUGCACAUCUGCUAGCACUCUGCAGGUUCCUUCCUACCCAGUCUGUGUGUGAACCUCACUGGAGGUGCAUGUAAUUGUCUCUAUGACUUUUUGAUGACGUGCUCAAAAGCUGAAGGCUCCUGUUGGGUCCAAGUAUGGGUCAGCAAGUCAGCUCUGUUUCACCUUGCAAUGGGUUAGGGAGAAAUGUUUGCCCUGGAAUAGGUAGUCCAGCUGUGGAUGGAUUGUGUGUCACCCAUGGAAAUUACUUUGCAUUAAUUUUCCUUUCAAGACCAGACUUUUUCCAUGGAAAAAUCCUGUACAUUCUCGUGACACAAGAAUGAGGGAUAAAGGACAAAAUAUGGCCCACUGUAGUUACACCUUUACUUCAAAGAUCAGACAUGCUAUGGACACAGUCACCAUAAUUUAAACACAGGAUUUAUAUCCCAGUUAAGAAAUGCGAAGUACAACCAGAGAGUUUGCUGAAAGACUGUAGAGAAGAGCUAUAAAGACAUGUCUUUCUUUUCCUAAAUAGCUCAGAGCUGGAGUUUGGGUGGGUUAAAAUUGUUUUUAACAUUAAAAGAGUAAUAUGCUGACACCAGUCCACUUAACAGAAGUGCUGCAAAAUGCCAAACAUUCUCUUUUACAAAGGCUUCUCGGACAAGAAAUUGGUUUUCUAAGCUUAAUUUUUAAAUUAUUCAGGAAAAGAAGUGUCAGUGGUUUUGCAUUAAUCAAAACAUUUGGUUUAAUUUAUAUGUUUUGUUGUGUUUUCAAGUAUUUAAUUUCUUCACAGUUACAUGAGAAAUAAUAAUGCAAAAUAAAUGUAUUGGAAAAACAAGGAGCUGUUUUGAAAGGGGAAAAAAAGAAAUGUGUUAUUUUCAGAAUUUUCCUCCCCCUCUGCCUUUUUUUCCUAGUUGAAAAAAACAGAAUCAUUAAAGUAGGGCUAAUGCUAUGAAGCAUUUUGAUUUUGGAGGGAGAUACACUUGGCAAUGUUUCUGGCACUAUUUUCAUCAGAUGUCUCUAACAGUCAUGUUAAAUUAGGGUAGAUAACUACUAAAGAUAUUCCUUCUGUUUUCCCAGUGCAAAUGCUUUUCCUAACUCUCUGUUAUGCAAACAUUCUGGUGAUGAUUUCUCCUUUGUAAGGAUCUUGACUAGAGCAGCAGCUGGAGCAGGUCUAUUGUGAUCACCUAGAGCUGAGAGUGCAGCCAGUCCUUGAAAAGACACUCAAACUGAGCAGAACUGCCCCGAGACGUUCUCAGUGCAAAAACACACCCUGAAAUCCAGCAGGGUGUGUUGCCAGCAGCUUAUUACCUUCCCACCACAGGGAUGGCCUUAGGCUGAUAUCACUGCUCAGGGAAACGCCCCAGGUGAUGUUUCUAAUGUUGACUUAUCCAAGAGAAGAUUGAGGAGGCACAAACAGCCUUAUCCUGCAGAACCUUAAAGGCCAUCUCAUUCCAACCCCCUGCCAUGGGCAGGGACACCUUCCACCGGAUCAGGUUGCUCCAAAUCCCAUCCAGCCUGGCCUUGAACUCUUCCAGGGAUGGGGCAGCCAGAGCUUCUCUGGGCAACCUGUGGCAGUGUGUCUCUCUCAGUCUUCCCUCCUGACGCCUCAUCAGAUCCCUCACCAAGCUGCAGCUUUGAAAGCCAGCUCACAAAUGUUAUUUAUUAAAACAAGUGCUGCUGCUGUCCUCCCCCGCUGAGCCCCCUCUGACGAGCUGCACAUCAUUACUGCAAGAGGAGGGAGGACAAAAAGCCCCGGAGAGCGGACUUGCUGUGGGGCUCGAUGGCUCCCAAAACGAGUCGUCUCUAAUCAGCUCCCUUGGAAGCAGAUGAGCUGGGUGACCUUUCUGCUUGAAAGACCCUUUGGUGGCUCCCUCAGAGGUGACUUCACAGCCUAAAACACUUGCUGAUAUUCAGCGAGUGCUGCUGGUAAGUGGGCUGAUGGAUGCUCCACGGCUCUGUGCGCAGCACAGCCGCGGCACUAAUGAGUCGAUGCUCAAAUGGGCCCUUCUCAGACAUAAAAGUUGUCCUCAGCUACUCUCAAAGGCUUUGAUAUGGCAGAGAGGGUUGAAGAAAGGCAACGCAGGCGGCUUUUCGUUAAACUUAAUUUUUAAGGUAUUUGCGAGCCAGAGGCAGCGUUUCCAGGCUAAUUGGGAGCGCUCGCAGACAUCAGCGAUCAAACGUCACCGCGAGGAUGCCGAUGCUCCCACCUCCCUGAACUCUCCAGCUCCGGCUAAUCAGCCUCGAGAGAGGGGGGGAUCAUGCAGCACUGAGAUGUGGCAUCCCCUCCGGGAUGAAGGGGUCAGGGCAGAUAGAGGAGGAGGAGUGUUUAUGCCAGAACCACUUCACUUGGGGGUGUUGAAAGCCCAUCUCUCUGUAAGUGAUGAAGGGCAGCUCUAUUGAAUCCCAUUAACCUCCCACUUUAAGUGAAUUACUGGAGAAAACUGUACAGGUCUCUCUGUUGAGAUUAAUUGCUGAAUCCUCAGCAUCUUGUUAAAAACAAUACUCUCUGUUCAGCUUCUGGGCUGUCUGGGUGCAGGAGUACGUGGACAGGGAAAAUUCAGGAGGGUCUUCAAGGACAUUCUGCAUUUUAAAAGCAAGCAGAAAUGGGACUUGUCAACUUUUGCAAAUGUAGGAUAGGCAUGGAACAUCCAGUCCUCCCUCCCUCCAGCAGGAACCAGAGCAGCAGUUCUGUCCUUAGGGGUUUACACUGUUCAAUCAGGGUGUGCAGCAACUGAGCAGGGACCUCACAGGGCUCUGGGGCUCUCUGAGGGCCCUUGGUCCCCAGCACCUCAAAACACUGCCAUGGGGCACUGCCACCCACCACCUGGUUACACAUCUUUUGUUUCCUUAGGAGCUGGCUGGAAGCUGUGUUACUCACUGGCAGCAAUACACAGGCUUUCAGGGAAAGAUGGAGUCUUCACCAUUUAUUUCAAAUUAAUUUCCUUGCCUCAUCCAGGGGGAUUCCAUGUCCAGUACAGGCAGAUUUUAAUUUUCCCAUUAUGUGGCUUGUAGGAAACACUCACCACUGAGUCUCUCAAUGUCUGCACUCCGUGCAUCCCCUAGAAACCAUAACACAUCCAUUCAACGACACGCAAACCACGAGUACCAGAUAAAGCAAUCAUGUUAAAACAGAACUGAAUCCCUUCUUGGGUCUUAAUCAAGGCUUACAAAGCCUGGCUGCCCUUGCAUGAGCCCCAGACAGCCAUUGCUGAGUCUGUCUGAUGUUCUGAGCUGGCUGGAUGCAGUUGGAAAAAUCACCUGACAGAGAAUGAAUGGAAUAGGGGACUGUGGAAGUGUCCUGUGCUCGUGUCUUUGUCUUGGCUUGAGAUCCCACAUCAGGCAGCUGAGGGGGGUCAAUGAAAUACCAAAAGAACAAGCCUUGGCCUGUAGGAUCUUGAAGCUGUGUGACAUCUCCACAGCGUCACGAGUAGAUUUUAGAAUUUUUUUUCUUUUUUUUUUUUUUUUUUUCUGGUAAGUCUUUAUCUUAUUUGGCUUCAAAAAGACAGUAAAAGAGGAAAAAAAGCACACAGAGAUGUGGCCCCAGAGCUAUGUGUGUGUAUUGUGUUUGCACUUCUGGAAUAUUUUUUGAUAAAAGUAAUUUUUUGUACUGUUUAACAUUUUUCUUGAAAGCAUACCUGCAUCUUUUUUUUAAGACUGCACACACAUGCCUGGUAGGUGUGCAAAUAUAUCAGAUUUUAUACUUUUAGCCAUCUUUUAUGUCUCUGCUUCAGUCCCAUAUUCAUUACACUUCAUUUUUGUCACUGUUCCUCUGUCUGCAGUACAUGAUUGCAUUAUUCCACCUCAUAUCUCUCUAUCUCCCCCAUCUUUUCGGAGUUGAAUGGAACUGGGGAGAUCGUUAUUAAAACACAGAAAGUACAGAAA